AUGAAUUGACAUCUUCAUGGGGCCACAACAUCUAAGGCCAUUGACAUCUGCAAUUUUGUCUGUGGAAUCGCCCCAUCUAGUUCUAUAAAAGCAGGAGGCAUCCAGCAUCAGUUCAUUGACAAGGGUAUUGUUGGAGAUAUUAAUCCAUCUCCUCCUCCUCCUCCUCCUCCUCCUCAUGGAGCUAUUAUGUUGUAGUAGAUCCAUCAGGCCUCUCUUCAUUAUUUUGUUCUGCUUCUCAUCAGCCUUGCUUCAGUCAUCAUUGGUUGCUGCAAAGGCCAGACAUUUCAAAUGGGAUGUGGAGUACAUGUUCUGGUCCCCAGACUGCAAGGAGAGUGUAGUGAUGGGGAUCAAUGGCCAGUUCCCCGGACCGACGAUCCGGGCAAAAGCCGGCGACAUUAUUGUGGUGGAGCUGACGAACAAACUCCCCACAGAGGGAGUUGUCAUCCAUUGGCACGGAAUUAGACAGUUUGGGACGCCAUGGGCUGAUGGAACGGCAGCCAUUUCUCAGUGUGCAAUUAAUCCUGGGGAAACCUUCGUUUACAGGUUCAUGGUUGACAAGCCUGGAACAUACUUUUAUCAUGGGCAUUAUGGGAUGCAAAGAUCAGCUGGGUUGUAUGGAUCUCUGAUAGUAGAUGUGGCAGAUGGUCAGAAGGAACCUUUCCAUUAUGAUGGGGAGUUCAGCCUAUUGCUCAGUGACUGGUGGCACCAGAGCAUCCAUGAGCAGGAAGUUGGUCUCUCUUCCAUUCCAUUUCGUUGGAUUGGUGAACCCCAGUCUCUUCUGAUCAAUGGGAGAGGACAGUACAAUUGUUCAGUAGCAGCACAUUACAGCAGCUCGACAUCAACCCAGUGUGAUUUGGAAGGGAAGAGGCAGUGCACGCCCGACGUUCUCCAUGUGCGUCCAAACAAAACUUACCGCUUGAGAAUUGCUAGUACCACUGCACUUUCCUCUCUCAGCUUGGCCAUUGGGAAUCACAAGAUGGUGGUGGUGGAGGCCGACGGCAACUAUGUCCAGCCAUUUGCAGUGGAUGACAUGGACAUUUACUCCGGCGAAAGCUACUCCGUCCUGAUCACUACAGAUCAGAAUCCAUCCUCCAAUUACUGGGUUUCAGUCAGUGUAAGAGGAAGACUUCCCAAGACCCCACAAGGUCUCACCCUCUUAAACUAUCUCCCCAACAGCGCAUCCAAGCUGCCAACCUCUCCACCUCCGGUUGCUCCCCUGUGGAAUGACUAUGACCACAGCAAAUCCUUCACCUACAAAAUCCUCGCCUUACAAGGCUCACCCAAGCCUCCCACCAGCCCAACCCGUCGCAUCUACUUCCUCAACACCCAAAACAAGGUCAAUGGCUACACCAAAUGGUCCAUCAACAACGUCUCCCUAUCCUUACCAGCCACUCCCUAUCUGGGUUCCAUCAAAUUCGGAAUGAAAGGUGCAUUUAAUAGCCAGGUCCCGCCGGAGAAAUUCUCCGAGAGCUACGAUGUGAUGAGACCACCCACCAAUCCAAACUCUACCACCGGAAGUGGAGUCUACAUGUUUGCCAUGAACAGCGUGGUAGAUGUAAUCCUUCAGAAUGCUAAUAUACUGACCGUGAAUGUUAGUGAGAUACACCCUUGGCAUUUGCAUGGACAUGACUUCUGGGUGCUGGGAUAUGGAGAUGGGAAGUUCACUGAGAAGGAUGUUAGUAAGUUCAAUUUGAAGAAUCCCCCCUUGAGGAACACAGCAGUUAUCUUCCCUUACGGAUGGACUGCAUUAAGAUUUGUGGCCGAUAACCCUGGAGUCUGGGCUUUCCAUUGCCACAUAGAGCCUCAUCUUCAUAUGGGUAUGGGCGUGAUCUUUGCUGAAGGCGUUGAGCGUGUUAGAAAGAUACCCAAUGAAGCAUUGGCUUGUGGGUUGACAGGAAAACUGAUGAUGAACAACUACCGCCCAUAAGAACAGUUUCUGGGUUUUCCGUUUAAGUUAUUUCACUUGUGUUUUGUCUAUUAUUGUCAUGCGAUGGUUAUCUAUUAUUAUGAUAAAAAUCUGUGUGUCCUGUGAGUCGGCCGGGCAGCUUUGUAUAAUUGUCAGAAUGGUUUUGUAAUCCUCCGGAUUCAUGGCUUAUAUCCUGUGGUCUGAGUAGGGCUGUAAUUGAUUGUUGUGUAAUGAAAUUUGCCUUCUUUGGAUCAGGGUGCAAGUCCGGCCGGAUUAGCUCGGUUGAGCUCAACACCAUUUUAACCCAACCCAAAAUUUUCAGGUUGGGUUUGUAUUAAUGGCUUCGGAUUGUCCUAA